CCCGGAAACUGGGGCAGGUAUAGGGAGACGCGCAGGAGCAGGUCGACAGAUACUGGCAGGCGGCCUCGUUCCAGACGCACUUAAUAUGGCUUGAGAUUUUUGUCCUCGUAUAGGUGAUUGCCAGAAUCACCAUGGCGUUGACACAAGAUGCGAUUUUAACCUUCUUGCUGGAUGAAGGAGGCAAAGUGCCCAAUUCCGAGCUGCUAGCCAAGUUCAAAGGACUUAUCAACCCCGACAACGCCGAAGAAAGAAAGCUGAACCGGGAACUCUUUAAAAGGUUCGUGAACAACAUCGCGGUGGUGAAGGAUGAGGAUGGAGUUAAGUACAUCGUUAUUCGCAAAAAGUUUCAGCAUCUAGUGAAAGAAAACGCGGCGCUGGGUGCAGCAGUUGGGGGCACGGAGAGCGCGGGCGUCAUGCCCGCAGGUGAAGGCGCGUGCUUGGAGGGGGCGGGAUUGACCUCUGACAUCCGAAACAACAACUCGGUUGCAACGCCCAAGGUGCCGCUGGAAUCUAGAAAUGAGAAAGCCGGCUUUGAGAACCGGGACACCAAGGCAGAUGCUGUUGGCAACUUCAGAAAACAGGGCCUUAGUGAAGCUCAGAGCUGUGGUGUUGGUCAUCAUGUCAGCACCCAGGAGCUCGCUGAAGUUAAAGACCUUUACGUUUCUGGGGACCAUAAACCCCCCGUUGACAGAGAGUUAAAGAAAGGCCCUGUAUUUGCUGUUGUUGCAGUACCUGAGGUAGUCCAGGAGAACCAAAACAUAAGUGGGUCUGUACCUAAACCUGAAACUGCUAAGAUGAACACCAAAUCAACCCCAAAACCAUACUCCCUUCCAUUAAGGUGCCCACCACCUCAAAUCGAUAUUAAGCCAUCAGAGGAAAUGGCAAAAGCCCCUGCGGAAGAGGAACAGCCUGAUUCCAAAAAGCCAUUUUUGAAAGUUGAACCUGAAGCAGGAGUGCUGAGUAGCUCUCCUAGAACAAGGAGGAGACAGUUUGAAGAAAUUGGACCCUCUGGUUCUCCACAUUUAAAAAGGGUAUCGCGUAUAGUUAAGCAAGGUGAAGAACCCAAAAUGUCUGAAGUCCCCCUGGACCCCACUGAACAUGAAUGGCUAGUGAAGGCUGCAGCAGGCCAGUGGACUCAGGUGUAUGGUCUUCUGCUCAAAGACAUAAAUCUGGCUGAAAAAAGAGAUUUCAUUUCGGGUUUCACUGCACUGCACUGGGCAGCAAAAAGUGGCAACAGUGACAUGAUUUCUAAAAUCAUUGAAAUAUCCAGGAUAGGUGGUGCAAAGAUUGACGUUAAUGCAAGAACAUAUGGCGGAUAUACACCCCUGCAUAUUGCUGCAAUUCAUGGACGUGAAGAAGUAAUAAUUAAGCUUAUCAGGGAAUACAGUGCCAAAAUGUCCAUACGGGACUACAGUGGGAAGAAGCCAUAUCAGUACCUGAGCAAGACCACCUCCCCAAAUGUGAAAAGGCUGCUGGGGGACCCUCAGGCACUUCAGGAGUGUAAUCUUCAAAAAAAACCUUCCAAGAUCUCCCAUUCAAUUCUUAGCACCACCAACUCUUUGUUGGGCGUUAUUAGUGAAGAUAUUCAAAAUGGGGAACCUUCAAAGGGAUUCAAGCCACAGUCAUUAAGCAAGCUUUUCAAUCCCCCAACAAUCUCAAAGAAGAAAAAUUACAAGCACAGAGCCGGGUUUUCCUCCAUAGCAGAAGAUCAUGAUGAAGAGAAAGAAGACAACCUGGCCCGACGCAGACCAAUUUCUGAAUUCUUCCUCUGAAGAGAUUUGCACUCUGUUUAGAUGUUAUUUUGAUUUCCUUUGGGACCCGAGACAGCUAUGUCAUUCACGUUUUUAUUUUUUUAAUUUUUUUUUUCUGUUUCUGGCUCUAAGAAGCAUUCAUAAUCAGUAUUAACCAUUUACACUUGGUUCUGUUUAAGGUGCUGGGAGAUUUACUAAAUGUAAUGCCUUUUUGUUGAUGGCCUGUCAGAUCUUGUUCCUCAGAAAUAAACAAAUUUGUUAUGUAACUGCUUUGUAAAGGUUAAUAUCUUAUUAAUUUAAUAUGCAGGUAUUAUAUUGCAUAGAAAUGGUAAGCAAGAUGUGCUACUAGUAGUGGGGGAGAAAAUCAUCUUUAUAUAUUUUGUUUUUGGUGACCUUUGUGUUUUAAAGUGACUUUGGCAGAUGCACUUCUUUUUUUUUAUUGAAAAGCCAUAAGUAAUAUGCUUAUAGAUACAGGGGCAGCACUUUUUGUAUUUGUUUUUUUAUAAUUAUGGUGUAAAUUUUGAUAAAUGGGUAACUUUAAUUUUUCCUCUUUUAAGGCAGGAAGGGAAGUUUGCUUUGGGUGAUUGAAUAUUACGACAUUUGGAAAACAAAUUGGGGUGGAUCUUUUUGUAAAGGUCCAUAGGUAGGCUUCACAAACUGUUACGUGUAUUUCUUUUAUGAGUAUAUUUGACUGGAAUGCGACCCCAGAGGGAUUUCUUUGGGAAGAGAACUAGGAGGCAGAGACUACAUUUUGCUCUGUGAUAGUUGGUGUUGGAAGAAAAUUUGCAGACAUUGCCAGACAUUUUGUUCUUAUUGGAUUACUGCUUUGACUUGCCUUGAAAAGUAAUAAAUAUCUGUUAUCAUUGAAUUCCUGACACUGGAAAAUAUUACUUACAAUUCAGGCUGUAAUUGGACAAGUCCACGCAGUUUGUAAUUGCCUCUCAGACUGUGAAAGUCUUAAACAUUGUAGUAUCUUUAUGCUAAAUGCAAUCAAACAAAAUACAAGAGUGUCCGAAAGUUUCUAUGCUUCAUGCUUCUAGUUGCGAGAUGUAAACUGUUGUUUCAUUAGGUAUCUUGGCGGCAUAAGGGUGCGGUGAUAGUGCUGCUGCCUCACAAUAAGGAGACCAGGGUUCAUGUGCCAGGUGCCCCCUGCAUGGAGUGUGAGUGUGCUCCCUAUGUCUGCAGGGGUUCUCCUUCCUCCCACAGUCCAAAGACUUGCAGGUUAGGUGGCCUGGUAAUGCUAAAAUGUCCCGUGUGUUUAUAUUCCUCUUGUGAUGGAUUAGCGCCCAGUCCUUGGAAUUGUUCCUGCCUUGCUCCCUAUGCUUGCUGGGAUAGGCUUCAGCCCCCACCCCCCUUGACGAUUAAACAGGAGUGUAAAUGACAGCCUUGUCAUGUAAACAAGACUACAGUGGCUCACCAGUGUGUUUUUGGACUUCACAUUAUGUGGACUACAAUAAAUAUGAAUAGGUAGUAAUGUUUACUAGCCGUGUGGGUGGCUUUAAAGUUUCUGUAAAGUUAAAAAUCUUAGUGUUGGUUGUAAUGUCCAAAUAUAUUGUCUUAGUUUUAUCAGCAUUUUUUUUUUAAAUAUGGAAACAUUUGAAUUGGAGGAAUAGCAAAUAAUUAUUUCUAUACUUGAAAUUGGCUGAAAGUGCUUUAUGUCAUCUUUGGAAGUGUAGCACUAGAUAAUGUGAAUAACAUACUAACUUAACAUCUAUAAAUGUGGUUUCUAGACAGUGGCUUAUCAAAUUGAUUAUUUGUCAGGACAAAAUUUUUGAGGGGGUUGUCUGGAUGGCAUUCAAUUGUUCAAAAGAAAUGCAUCACCAGUAAAGAGACCUGUGCUGCUAUUGAGAGCAUGCACCUCCGAGCAUUUGUGGGCAGCGUUGAUGUGUUUUGUGUGUGACCUGGAAGUAAAUUUCCACAGUGCAUCAAUAUCAACAUCCCUGGAGGGUGGGCUGAAGGUAGGCAUACAGGAAUUGUAAGUCCCGACAUUGCCUUGAAAGUCUAGCUGUACUAUAAUCUGUUCUUUGCUUAAUGAUGUAGUUUAUCCUGUGGACAACAGAGGCCAUUCUGUAUUUGGCAGUUGUGGAACCCCUAACCAUGAGGAGUGAUUUGGGGCUUGGCCUGGAUGUAAUGCUAGAGUGAGAGCUUAAAGGCUGCUGCCGGCCUGAAUCCACUGAAGAACAUGGUAGAGUGUUUUUAUGGCUGUCUGUCUUUAUACUGAUAGUUUGAGUUUGGUGGUGGUGAUGUGGUUGGUGCUGCUGCCUCACAGCUCCUAAAGAAUAGUUUCAAAUCCUGGUCCAGUCACUGUGUGCUUGUGUGGCGUUUUCUAAUUCUCCAGAUAUGUCAGUGUUACUUCUACAUCCCAAAGUAAUACAUUUUAGGUUAACUAGCGACUCUAAAUAGGCCCAGUGUGAGUGAGGGUAGGCGUGUAUGUGAAUUUGUUGGACUGGUGUUGUAUCCUGUGUAAGUUAGCGAUGAUUACAAAAAUUUAAGGGGUAUAUUUAAAGGCAAAUUGUCAUAUUGUAGUGACUUUAAAUACAUAAGUGAGCAUUACGUAUAAAGUAGCUGUGGUGCGCAUCAAGAUGUGUGCCGCGCAUUUACCUGAGGAUUUUUGACAGUGAUACAUGCUGACCUUAUGACCUUAAGGGGCUUUUCCCUUCUCCAAUUUGUGAAUUUCCCCUUGGGAUUAAUAAAGUGUCUCUAUCUAUCUAUCUAUCUAUCUAUCUAUCUAUCUAUCUAUCUAUCUAUCUAUCUAUCUAUCUAUCUAUCUAUUUCAUUUGGAAGAUUGUGAGUGUAUUCGUCAUAUAUUUGUAAAUGGUUUCAGGCUAGCUGUAUUUUUUAAAAUCUAAUUUUAUAGCAUUGUUUAAUAGAAUAUUAUGAUCUUUUUAGAGUGUUCUGCAUAGACAUGAACAAAAUGUCUGUCUUCUUCCAUUUUUACGUAGCUUGUAAUGAAGGUGGCUUCUAGCACUGCAUAGGCCAUUGAAUACAGUCUCUCCUACAUAUCAUCAGAUGUUUUCUUGUGUUGUUGUAUUUUGUAACUUUUUUAUAUAAGUUUGAGAUGAAAAGUAAAGGCCAUCUUUUUAAGAAUCGACAAUAAUAAUGGGUUACCUACAUUUAUUCUGCUAUUUAUUUAAAUUUGCUUAGUUGAGUCAUGUUACUAAUUAUAAGUCAAUACAAUAAUAAUUUUAUUUGUAAAUUUCAAAGAAGAGCAAGUUGACUGACUUACAUAAAUUUAUACAGUGGGCGAGGGGUGAAGACAGAUGUGGCACCUUUUAUAUUUGUCCGUGCCGAGGCCCUUUACCUCAAGUGUCACCAGCUGAUUCUAGUAGAAUUGGUUGAACUUGAAAUUGCCUGGAUUUUCGAGUAUAAUUUGUGACAUAUAUUGAAUUAAAUACCACUUAUGUUCAAGUUGUUUUGGAUAAAAUCUCAAUUUUCUUACAUCUUUGGAAUUUUUAAACAAGACCAGGCCAGCAUUCCUCAGCACUUGAAAACCUGCAGGAACUUGUCAUGCUUUUUGUCAUUUCAUAAGCUGUUGGGCAACUACACAUAGAACAAAAGUUGUAUAAUAUCUGAUAAGGUUUCUGGGUGUGUCGGUGUAUGUACUAAUGCCACAAACAGAUUCUUCAUUAGGUAUGUGUAUCCCUGUAUUUGUUUAUGUUGCUUAAUGCAUAUUCUGUGACGUGAAAUGAUACUAAAUAAAGAGUGAGACUGCCUUGAA